UUUGAGUUCAAGUUCACAUCGUCAGCAGCGGUACAGACAGGAAUGGGAAUCUAGUCCAGACUUCAAGGCAUGGCUUCGUGGGGUCUCUGAAAAUCCUUUUAAGGCUAAGUGUACAGUAUGCAAUGUGGUAAUGGUUGCAGAAUUAACUGUCAUCAAAAACCAUGCAAAAGGUAAAAAGCAUAAAUCCUUUUUUGAAACUGCAACUGUCAAUCAGCCAUCAGUUUCAUCAUUUUUACAGAAGAAACAGAGUAAGUCAUCUGAUUCUGUUUCUGUAGCAGAAAUUAAAUUGAGUGCUUUUCUUGUGGAACACAACAUUGCUUUCAAUGUAAUGGAUCAUCUGACAGAUCUUUUGAAAGACAUAUUAUCUGAUCCAAACACUGCAAAAGAACUGCAAUUAAAAAGAACGAAAGCAACAGCAAUUGUAAAAAAUGUUAUUGGUUCUUCUUUUAAGGAAGAGUUAGCACAAAAUUUAAAGGACACAAAGUUCAGUGUACUUUGCGAUGAGUCAACUGAUGUGGGUUCUAUAAAAUCAUCAUGUGUGGUGGUACGGUUUUAUGACAAAGAUGCAGGAGCAGUUAAAUGUAAGUUUUGGGAACUGUAUGAUGUUUACAAUUCCAAAGACCCAGAGAACACUAAGGAAGGUGCAACAGGAAAAAACUUGUUUGAAGGACUCAUGAAAACAUUUAAUCAGUAUGAUAUUCCUGCAAUAAAUAUGAUUGGAUUUGGUUCUGAUGGGUGUAAUGUAAUGAUGGGGGCCCAUAACUCUGUUGCAAGUCGCUUUCGAGAACAAUGUCCAGGAAUUUUUGUGAUGAAAUGUGUUUGCCAUUCUGCACAUCUCUGUGCAAGUGAAGCCUGUAAGGCACUACCCAGAAGAUGCGAAGAUUUGGCAAGAGAAAUUUUUAAUCACUUUAAAUGCAGCAGCAAGAGGCAGAGUGAAUUAGUACAGUUUCAGGAAUUUCUUAACCUGAAACCACAUAAGAUUUUGCACCCCUCCCAGACUAGGUGGUUGUCAUUAGUUGCAGUUGUUAUUCGUCUGUUAGAGCAAUGGGAAGCCCUUAAGAUGUAUUUUACAGAUAUUUGGUUUUCUGAGAAGGUGGUAUCAGCCGAGCUUAUAUUUCAUGAUCUUCACAAUCCCUUCAUUAAGUCCUAUUACCUCUUUCUUGAAUGGAUUUUGCCAAAAUUCACAAGUUUCAAUACAUAUUUUCAGUCGGAUAAAACAGUAAUCACAGUAUUGCAUGAAAAGUUAUGCAUGCUUUAUAGGGAGCUACUACUUUCUUUCAUGGAAAGAGAGUACAUCAUAAAGACAGAUCUUGAGACAGUUGAUCCUUUUAGGCAAGAUAAAUACCUCAGGGAUAGUGAGUUGUAUCUUGGACUGGGGGUACGUAAAGAACUUGACAAACUAAAUCCAAAUGAAAAUAAAUCUAAUUUGAAUGAGUUUUAUAAACGCUGUAGGGACUUCUUAGUAAUAGCAUGUGCGGAGAUCAAGAAAAGGUAUGAUUUUAAGGACAGUGUGAUCUCCAAGCUGUGUUGCUUAACUCCUGAAAAUGCUGUGUCUAAUUCCUUUAGAAAAUCAACCCCCUCUUUAUACUCUCUCAUAGUUGAACUUCCUUUAAUUGUGUCACCAGAUAAUUGUUCACUAAUACAGAAAAUUGAUGAUCAAUGGAGAAUGUUACCAGCACUCAAAGAUAGACUGCAUAUUGAUGAUAUAUUGUCAGUAGAUAAAUUCUGGGUGAAAGUUUUACAGAGUGGGGAUAACUUCUUGGAACUGGCAAAUUUUGCUCUGUGUGCGGUAAGUCUUCCCCACUCGAAUGCUGAAUGCGAGAGAGUGUUCAGUAAGAUCAACCUUUUUAAGACAAAAACAAGAAACAGUUUAAACACACAAACUGUUAAUGGUGCUUUGUUGGCCUCUGAAUGUAUCAAAAGCCAGGAGUCCUGUGUCAUGUUUACGCCAUCCAAAGACAUGCUUAGGCGUUUAAAAAACAGUUCACAGCUGUAUGACAACGUAGCGUAA